AAUGCCACGUCGCUCUCCGGCGGAUAAAACUUCUGGAGCUCUCACUCUAUCUUUCACAGAGCUCAAAACCCUUUCACACCCCACCACUCCAUUAACGCUCCCUGAGUUCUACAUUCUGAUGAGCCUACCUCUUCCUUUAUCUCUCAACAGAUGGACGGUUUCUCUCUCACCCUUACCACCAACACCCCUUUCCUUACUACCCGGACUCGUUUUCCUUCACUUUCAAGAAUAUCAAACCCAGUUUUCCCUCCAAAAAAUACCAAGUUCAUUGCUUGCAGCUCCAAAGAUGAGCCCAAGCUCGACCCUUUGGACCAAAUGGAGCUCAAGUUCGGUCGCAUGAUCGGUGAAGACCCAAAACUUACACUUGCCAAGAUAUUGGGUAGGAAAGCAAACCCAGAAGCUAGUUAUAUGGAAAUUGAGAAAAGCUUUUACAAGAACAAGGGUAAGAUAGUUGAGAUAAAGGAGGUGCCUUUUGGUGUGCCCAAGAAUGCUCAGGCAUCUAAAUCCUUGGAGGGUGUGGAUAUGGUUAGACCUGUGCCAAAGAAAGUUCAGUCAUCUCCCUUGGAUGGUUUGAACUUGGUUAGGCCAGUGCCGAAAAAAGGAGUUAAGUUUGAAGUUGAUGAUAAGCCAACAAGGUCUGAGGUUAAGAAAUUGAGUAGUCCUGUUGCACCCAAGGCUGGGGAGGGUAGUAAAGGUAGUGUUCCUAAUGUUAUUUUGAGAAAGCCGAGUUUGUUUAGUGAGGAUGAUGUUGAAGAUACGCGGCCGAGGCUGAGGAUUAAACCGAAUUUGUCGUUGAAGAUGAGGAUUGAGCAACCCAAGGAGCAGUUUAGUGAUAUGACAUUGUUGAGAAAGCCCGAGCCGGUGAGUGUUGAUGAAAGUAGAGAAAAGGAACAAGAGCAGUCACCUAGUAAUGUAGAUAGAAAGGCCAUUGGUGAUAUGACAUUGUUGAGAAAACCCGAGGCAGAGAGUGUUAAUGGAAGUAGUGAAAAUAAACUAGAGCAAUCUAGCAGUGUAGAUAGGAGUGUUAUUGGUGACGCAGAAAUGGAGAUGUGGAGUGAAGAAGUCAAUAAUAAAGGUAGUGGUUUCACUCUAUUGGAAAAGCCCAAAGCAUUGAGUAUCAAAAAAAAGAUUGAAAGGGAUAAUGAGGAAUCUGAGCAAGAAGAAUCUAGUGUUAUUGAUGAUACUGAAAAUAAUGGCUGCAAGGAUUUGUCUGAAGUUGCUGCAACGAGCAAUCCAAGACGACCCAGUCUCGAAGAAUCCAGGGAUGGUUUACAUACAAAGAUUCCCUGUCAAACAGAUGAUUACCCUAUAGGAUUACAGCCACAUAAGCAGAGCACUAUGGGGUCCAGUAAGGAGGUUAUUGCUGAGGAUGAAAUGUCUAGUAGAAGUUCACCUGUUUCUAAUGUUGAAUUUUCUGUAGAUGCUGCUCUACAAGGAAAACCAAAACGGUUGGACAAGCCUGUGAAAGAAGCGUCUGUGAAUGCAGAAACCAUUGCUUUUGAGCUUGAGAAUCCCAUUUCUACAUCUGCCAGUGGACAUGAAGAUGCCGAUUGGAUUGCAGCUGAAGAAUUGGUUAAGACCGGAGAUAGGGGAGAUGUAGAACUUAUAAGUGCUAGCACCAGAGGUUUUGUUGUAUCUUUUCGCUCAUUAGUAGGAUUUCUGCCAUACCGUAAUCUGGCUUUCAAGUGGAAAUUCUUAGCUUUUGAGUCAUGGUUAAGACGAAAGGGUUUAGAUCCAUCCUUGUACAGGCGAAAUCUUGGAAUUAUUGGAAGCUAUGAUGUCACAAACAAGAUUAAUCCAAGCCUAGAAAAUGAUGAUAUAGUUAUUAAAAAUGAGGGAGAAGUUACACCGGAUAUGAAACUGGAAGAACUUCUUGGGAUAUAUGACCAAGAAAAAAUCAAAUUCUUGUCAUCAUUUGUUGGCCAGAAAGUCAAAGUAAAUGUGGUAUUGGCCAACAAAAAAUCUGGGAAACUUGUAUUUUCAGUGAGGCCAAAAGAGAAGGAAGAGUCAGUUGAGAGAAAAAGAAGUCUCAUGGCAAAACUUCAAGUCGGCGAUGUCGUGAAAUGCUGCAUCAAGAAAAUUACUUAUUUUGGUGUUUUUGUUGAGGUCGAAGGAGUGCCUGCACUAAUCCAUCAGACAGAAAUAUCUUGGGAUGCCACUGUGGAUCCUUCUUCUUACUUUAAAGUUGGUCAGAUUGUUGAGGCAAAAGUUUACCAACUGGAUUUUGCACUUGAACGCAUCUUCUUGUCAUUGAAGGAGAUUAUGCCAGAUCCGUUGAUGGAGACCUUGGAGUCGGUGGUUGGUGAUAAUAAGACCCUGGACGGGAGAUUAAAAGCAGCACAAGCAGAUACUGAGUGGGAUGAUGUAGAAUCUCUUAUUAAAGAGCUGGAACAGACUGAAGGAAUCCAGUCUGUAUCAAAAGGUCGUUUUUUCUUGAGCCCAGGAUUAGCUCCAACAUUUCAGGUUUAUAUGGCAUCCAUGUUUGAGAAUCAGUACAAGUUACUUGCUCGGUCUGAAAAUAAAGUUCAGGAGGUAAUAGUUCAAACAUCACUGGACAAAGAAGAGAUGAAAUCUGUGAUUCUAAGAUGUACCAGCAGGGUAGGCUAGUCCUUUCUUCUUUUCUAGCUCGUAAACUUGAAGAAUGCAUGUUCUUGACAAGAAUCGCGAGAAGUUUUUGUAAAUGUAGGAAAAGAAAAUCUUUCUAGAUGGUGAGGAUCAGAAUUGUUAUAUCCUUUGGUUUGUAUAGACAAGGCUCUGUAAAUCCUCCAAGCUGUAUGAAAAAUCACAACCAUACAGGUAGAUCAUAACACUAUACGUAUCACUGAAGUUAAUGUUGUUAAUCUGUUCAAUUUUUGUCAUUA